UAGGAAAAGUUGGACAUCUGUCUUUAAACGGGAGCUUAACACAGCCCAAAGCCAAUCCCUACAGGAGCCCAGAGCAAGAUAAAAACAGGGGACCAGAGCCGGCCCAACAUGCAGGCCCAUUCCCAUCCCUCUGCUAUGCUUUACCCAAACGGUGACGUUUUUGGGAAAUUCCUUUCUUUUUCUUUUCCCCCUCUAGAUGAAGGAAGACCGAUCUGAUGAGAAACAGGAGAAACAGAGCAAAGAGAUACCGCGAGAGGAGAGAAUCAGAAGAGAAGCCACCGAGCACGCUUCUGGGCACACACUUGAAGAAGAAAACAAGGAGACAUUGGAAUCGGGAAGGAUAACGCAAUGAAAAGCGGAAAAACAAAUGCCGUUGGAGGAGGCAGACAGUGACUCGAGGGUAGUCGUGCACAGAGAGGAACAAGCCGCGUCUAUAAGAGGAGAGAGAUGGGCGAUUUGAAUGGAGGAGAUGUAGUAAGCUGGGGGCUCGGCGAGGAUGUUUUCGAACUGAAAAGAAACAGACCAUAGGGGAGUUUUGGCGAAGAAGAAGAUCAGGAGGGGAGAGAGACCGAGAGUAGAAGAAACGGAGAAAAAAUCAUAUUAUGAUGUGGACGAAGUGCGCCGAGAGGAGAGAGCUUGAGAGCGCAAAGGACUCCAGAAAAGGGAGGAGCUUUCGAAUUCCUUCUCGGGGCUUCUUUUUCAGGACAGGGAGAGAGAAAAUCAGAGGAGGUACCGGAGAGAAAUCGAGCAUUAGAGCCAAAAAGCUUUAGGAGUUAGAGGGGAGACCGAAUCCGAGACAGAGUGCUUUUGGAAAAGGCUGUGAUUCGGCCAGCUUGAAGUAAAAAGGAAAAGCUCAAGUGUGUUCAAGUUACCAAGAAAUCAUCACUCUAGUGAAGAAAUAAGUUGAGCCAGUAAUAGGUCAUGGCUAUUUUUCCUCUUGUUUGCUUCUAGAUUGUGGAGAUUGGAAACUGUCUCCUUUUGCAGUUCAGAUUACCUGGGAAAUCGUCCUAAUGUUGGUAAUAUUAAAGCUUGCAUCAGUCGCAUGCAAAAGGCUUCAUUCUUCCCCUAAAACAUGUUUUUUGAAGAUUAUUUCAUCUAGGUAUUAUAGUAAAAGCAAUAAUAGUGACACUGUACAGAGCAUUAAUGCAUCAAUGUUGGAGAAUGAAUGGGAAAAGUUACUUAAGCCAUUUGAUAUUGAUGAGCUUCGAAAAUCACUCAAUAAGAUUACCCCCUUUAAGCUUUGUAAAUUACUUGAGCUACCACUUGAUGUUCCCACAUCAAUGGACUUAUUCAAGUGGGCAGGCAGCCAGAAGGGUUAUCGCCACUCAUUUCGUGUGUUCUAUGUGUUAAUUAAUAAGCUUGGGUUGGCUGGUGAAUUUAAAAUUAUAGAUAAGUUAUUGAUGGAAAUGAAAGAAGAUGGUACUACUUUCAGAGAAUGUAUUUUCAUUUUGAUUAUGAAAAAUUAUGGGAGAGCUGGCUUGCCUGGGCAAGCUAAUAGGCUGUUAUUGGAUAUGAGGAAUAUUUACUCUUGUGAACCCACUUUUAAAUCAUAUAAUGCUGUAUUGGAGGUACUGGUGGAUGGAAAAUGUCAUGAAGUUGCCCCAAAUGUUUUCUAUGACAUGCUCGAUAAGGGUGUUCCCCCUACUGUCUUCACUUUUGGGGUGGUAAUGAAAGCACUUUGUUUGGUCAAAGAAGUUGAUUCCGCAUGCUCACUCCUUAGAGAUAUGACAAAAUAUGGAUGUGUGCCAAAUUCAGUAGUUUACCAAACUCUUAUACAUGCACUAUCUAAGAGUAACAGAGUGAAUGAAGCAUCAGAACUUCUGGAGGAAAUGUUCUUAAUGGGUUGUGCACCUGAUGUUGAGACCUUCAAUGAUAUUAUCCAUGGGCUUUGCAAAGUCAAUCGUAUUCAUGAAGCAAUAAAAAUGGUUGAUCGGAUGCUGCUCAAAGGUUUUACUCCUAAUGAUUUGACAUAUGGAUUUUUGAUGGAUGGCUUGUGUAAAAUGGAGAGAAUUGACGAAGCAAGGGCCUUGUUGAACAGAGUUCCUGACCCAAAUAUUGUACAUUUCAGUACACUGAUUAAUGGGUAUGUGGCUAGUGGACGGUUUGACGAAGCUAAAGUUUUGUAUGAUUACAUGUUAAAUGUUGGUUGUGCUCCAGAUUUAUUUACAUAUAACAAACUAAUUCAUGGGUUUUGCAAGAAGGGGUGUUUUGGUUCAGCUCUGGAGUUGGUCAAUGAGAUGUUGAUUAGGGGCUGUCAACCUAAUGUAGUCACUUACACAAUUCUGAUUGAUGGUUUCUGCAAGGAGGGUCGGCUCGAGGAAGCCAAGAAUAUCUUAUUCGAAAUGUCAUGUAAAGGCGUAAAUUUGAAUACUGUGGGUUACAACUGCUUGAUAUCUGCUUUAUGCAAGGCUGGGAGAGUUCAAGAAGCUCAGCAAAUGCUUUAUGAAAUGCCAAGCAAAGGAUGUAAACCUGAUGUAUUUACAUUCAAUUCUCUGAUCUUUGGUUUGUGCAUUGAUAAGAUGGAAGAUGCCUUGAUGUUAUAUAAUGAUAUGUUUUUGGAGGGUGUUGUUGCCAACACUGUAACAUACACACAUUGUUCAUGCCUUAAUUGAGAAGAGUGAAAUCCUGAGGCAUUUAAGU